AUGCUCCAAGCGGAGGUUGCCCUCGAGGCCUGGUCCCUGAUUCAGCCGAGCGGCACGAGCGUGCCUGCCCCCGCGCUUGGUGCGAGUUUGCCACGUCUCGAUCGUCUUCAGCUCGGUGACGACAGUUUCGACCAGGCCAUCUCGAUCUGCUCUGCGCCGCAGAUUGGCACCACAGGCGAUGUCGAGUUUCUAAGCUUCUGGCGGGCCCUCAGCGAGGCACAAAGCUCUCACGGCAAGCCGUAUAGCGAAGGGCCAGUGUCCGAAGCUGAGACCGAUGCCGUGCUGACAUGUGAAGGAAUGGGUCCUGAUCGAGAUCGCCUGAUCCGCGAGCUCGAGGAAGUGCGUGACGAGCUCCUGGAUCGCCUGGAGGCUGGAGCCGGGCCUGGGCUCCCGGGGCUCCCUGGGUCUGUGCUCAGAGAUGCGGUCAAGUCCAUUCGCGAGCGAUCCUUGGCUCCCGAGUUUUGGGGCCAAUUGCUUUGCGAGAUUCGCAUUGACGAAGGUGUGCUCAGCGUGUCAGAAGUGACCAUGGUGCUUCUGACCUGGCUCCGCGAGGCAGCCGGUUGGCAGCCAAUCGAGUCCUCGAGAACUGUCUCAGGAACCACGUCGGCUUCGGGCACUUCGGUUUCAGGAGCUGAGGACCAGGAGCUGACGAUGCUAGCCGGGCAUCUCCGGCAGGCUCUGGAUCUGGGCAUCGGGCCUUCACCUCCGCCAAUGGCAAUGCCUGACUGCAUGUACGCUGGCAAGGGGCUUCCGCUUCCCUCGCCAGGGCCAGGCCUGCGGCGUCCAAACGUGGACUCCUUGGCUGUGGAGGCCUUGGACCAGGUCGAGGCCGCCGAGGCUUCAGGCGAUUCUGAUCCGCCUGUCGCUCCAUCGGGGAAGAGCAGCGGUUCUGGCUAUGCAGAUGUUGAGAAAGCAAACAUGCGGACUGCGAUGCUCAGUUUGAGCGCAGACAUCUGUGCCGGUGCUGUGGCUCCAGAGUGCAAGGCCGGAUGGAUGCGCUCGGCAGUGCUACCGUUGGCACCGAGUCCAGGAGCAACUGAGCCUCCGGCCGCUCCGGCCGCUCCGCCGACCUGUGACACCCAGGACAGCACAACCAUGACGAGACCUCUCAGCGAAAGCCUGGACAAAGAAGAUGUGGAGCAUUUGAGAAGGCUGCGCCAACUCUCGGACUCAGACCUACGCCAACUUUGCGCAGGUGAAGUGGCAGGGAAAACAGCAAGAGAGCGCGCCUUCAUCAGAUCGGCAAUGCUGCCCCUGGGCCUUGGCAGCGAGGUUGAGAUCGCCGGGUUUCCCGUUUUCGUGCACAUCUACGAUGUGACACAAGAAGUUGGUAUACGGCGUCUAAACAAGGUCUUGGCGAACAAGCGUUUGCCCGUUAAGUUUGGAGGCGUAUUCCACGCAGGUGUGGAGGCUUACUUCCUCGGAGCAGGCGGCCUUCCCGACGAUGGCAUCGCCUCGAAGCCACCUAUGGGCUACAAUUCCUGGAAUGACUUGGAGUGCCGGCCAUCGGAGGCGAAGCUUAAGGCCAUCGCCGAUAAGAUCGAGCACGUGGGCCUGCUGGCGCUGGGAUACGAGUACAUCGUUGUCGACGACUGCUGGAUGAUCAGCCGAGCUGCAGAUGGCACAUUGAUGGCAGAUCGCAAGGCCUUUCCGUCAGGCAUGAAGGAAUUGGGCGAUUAUCUCCACGGCCUGGGCUUCAAAUACGGAAUCUACACGGACCGAGGCUACAAGACGUGUGCGAGCCGACCCGCAUCCAUGGGCCACGAAGCAGAGGACGGCAGACUGUUUGGUUCUUGGGGUGUCGACUUCGUCAAAAACGAUGGCUGCGUAGAUCCUGAGUGUGGAGACACGAUGGAAGGCUAUCCCGAGUCGGGAAAGUGCGACGACAAGGGAAAGCGUGCUGCCGUGCGCAAGUAUCGGCUGUUGGCGGAAGCGCUGAACCGGAGUGGUCGACCAAUCGUGCACUCCAUUUGCGGAUGGAAUCCAUGGUAUGCGCCGGUGGGACGACAAAUUGGACACCUUUGGCGUGUGACCGCUGAUGUGCGUGACUGGAAAGGGGUGUACGAAGCAGCCCGCGUCAUGGAAAAGCUCAGCUCCUACCACGGCCCACAUGGCUGGAAUGAUCCAGACAUGCUCAUCGGAAGCAGCCAGGGUGCCAAACUCUUGCUCACUCCUGCCCAGUCCAGAGCACAGUUUUCGCUGUGGGCAGUCAUGUCGGCGCCACUCAUGCUGGGGGCCAACGUGCUCAAACUCACCGACUUCGAUCUCGAGACCUACAGUAAUGCAGACGCCAUCCGAAUAAACCAAGAUCCGAUGUUUGAAUCAGGACGGGUCGUUCAUUCCAAUUGUCCCGACUAUCCAUCUUUUAGGACAGGUGUGAAGCCAGAUGGAUCUCCACUCUUCGAGAUCUUGUGGCCUGAUGGGGGGGUCAACUGUGGCAGACACUAUGCCAAGAAUUGUGCACUGUGCAGCAGCCACGGCCGCGACGAUUGCUUCGGCGAUUGUGAAUGGCGGUCACCAGGCAACAAGCCGCCCGCAUGCCUCCCUGCAUACAAGAACGACACCGCCAAAACCGAAGUGGUCUGUGGUAACCACAAGGCCGCGAGCUGCGCGGACUGCCCUCAAGGCCAUGGAAGGACAUGGUGCAAUAAAGACUGCUUCUGGUUCGACGAGGGCAGCUGCGUGCCUUCCUCAAACCCGGAGCAGGCACGCAUCGAAGACCGUUGGCAUCCCUGGACAGUUUCCAUUUUCCAUGCCGAGGAGAAGCGGCAAUGCCAGAUAGUGUGGGCCAAGACUCUAAGUGGCGGUUCAACGGCGGUUGCAGCCGUGAACUUUGCAAAGACUCCUGCGAACCUGGUGUUGCCCCUUUCCUCGGUGCUGAAGCCUUGGCAGGCUGGUGUUUUGGUUCGAAACCUCUGGUACGGCGAGGAACGGGUAGAGGAGACGAGCCUGAAUCUGCAACUGGAGGCAGAUGGUGGCCAUGAGCUGCUCGAGCUGAUGGAUCCGGACAAUGCACCUGUCAAUACCGCCGCGAGGGAACGGCCAAGGCCCAGCAGGCGGAAGAAAUCGACCGUCAAGUCACGCUCACCUCUGCUGGAGCAGGUCCGUGAGGUGUCGGCUCAACCCACAGAGCCUGCGACAGACGGCAGCCUGGAGGCGCUGCUUGCCCGAGCACCACGGUCGGCUUUAGAAGAUCUUGUGCGACACUCGAUCCGCGGGCACUCUUCGGUGACGAUCGAGGAUUUGCUGCGCCGCUGGCCACCAGAGCCCGACGAGCCAGGCACCUCUGUUCUUCCGCCGGAAUCGAUGCCCACGUGGUUAGUGAAUGGGGAAGAGUGGUCCUACGGUGCUACAGAGACGGAGGAGGAGCCGGGUGUCAAUCGGAGCCGACCCAAGAUGCACCCAGACCACCACUACAGGCAAACCGUGGUGAUGCCCUGCACACAUCUCUCGGCCGUGCAAAUCAAGGAGAUGACGGAGCAGCUCUCACAGGAGUAUCCGGGCCCUGCCUAUGACUUGCUGCGAAGGAAUUGUUGCCACUUUGCCGACGACUUUUGCCAGCGCCUCGGUGUGGGCCGCAUCCCUUCUUGGGUCUACAGGCUCGCCCGCAUCGCAGCCAGAAUUGAGAACUUUCUGCAGGCCGCGCAGCGAAUUCGAACUCCAUGCUAG